AUGGAGAUUGCUCAUGGAGUGGGUACUCCAUUGCAAUUAGACCGGGCUACGAAGGAGCUUGAGUUUGGCUAUUAUGCCAGAGUUUUAGUAGAUGUGGAUCUUGCCAGGGAAUUACCAUCUUCGUUGAUGAUCGAGCGUGAAAAUCAUUGUUUUCCCAUUGAAGUGGUCUAUGAAAAUUUGUGCACCCAUUGUGGUUUGGUUGGCCAUACUGCUGAUCGUUUGCGUCAAGAGUACAGGGUAAAGCGUAAUGUGGUCACUUCUGAUAUUAGGCAUGAUAUGCAGAUGGUCUGUGCUUCUCCACCAAAUAUGACUAAUGAAAUUGUUACAAAGGAUCAACAUGCUGCUCCAACUCUGACAGUUGAUGACGACUCUCCUAGGGUCCAAUCUUCUGAAAGGGAAUUGGUAGAAAUUGCUCAGUUUGCACAAAUCGUUAUUGAAGAGGCGGCUUUGGGUGACAUGGAGACUAUUGCCCAGCGAGUAAUAGAGGAGCCAUUGGAAGCAACUAUUGAAGUUGCUAAUGCAAGGAAGGAUGACUUGAGCUCCUCGGAAACGACUGAACAAGUUCUUGAGGAGCAUUUUUCUCUGGAAAAUGCAGCAGGUGAGUUGACAAAAGGGAAAACUAGUGGCCAUGACUUAACUGAGGAAGACCAGUGCACAACUGGUAUUGAUGGAACCCCUCCUAGGGGGCAAUUUGAAAUGCAAGCAGUGAAUUCUAUGAUGGGGGGUGAUACAGGCCUUAAGAAUAUGACCCUUGUUCUUUCUAAAGGGCAGAAAAAGAGACUCCGCAAACAGCAAAGAGAGGAAAAGCAGCCAGCAGAGGGCACUGUGGAUCGUUACCCCGCAAGAAAUAGGGGUCCUCCUCAUAAGCUUAAUUUAUGA